GGGAGAGACAGGCAGAGCAGCAACACACACCUUGUUUGAGCCCCUACAUCGAAAAAGGACUUCCAGUGGCACCACGAUGUCUUCGAAUGCCAUCAUCGGCGAGGCGGUGACCUAUCUGAUAUUUGCAGUGACCUUCGCGGCAGUCAACAUCAUGUUGUUGGACAUCGACCAGUCCGCCGACGUGUAUCAGGCCGUGACACAGCCGCUGCUCAAUGCAGGUGGGUGGACACGAGCGAACAAAAGGAGACAACAGGUGAGACAGGCAGUCACACAUGUUUGCUUGGCUGUAGGAUGCCGAGGGGAGGCUUCAGACACCUGCCCCCCCGCAUUUGUCAAUGUGACGAACCCCAGGCAAAUCUACGCCUGGAUCAAAGGGGUAGACCCUGGCAACAUAUGUACAUGAAUCCCACUGCAAAUGUGAUGUCCCUCUCUUGCGUCUAUCUCUGUGUUUGGCAGGUGUUGUUUCCCGGUAUGUUUGAUGAGAUGCCCAUUCUGGGCGACUUCGACGACUUCUGUCAUCCCACGUACCCCUGCGACCUGGGUGAGGGUGACUGCGACGAUGUCGACAAUGCAGCCGAUUGCAGGGGGGCUCUAAGAUGCGGACAGGUACACAGGCCCACACAAGUCCAGAUACCUGCCGGCGAGCCGAUCCAGUGCCUGCUCUGCUGUACCUGACAGCCUAUGUGGCCUCAUGAUAAGCGUCGCAUUCGGACAUCCCCCGCAUGUACCAACAACUCCGUUCCUCUAACCACACAAGUAAAACUCACGCUGCCAGCAGCCGACAAGAUGAUAUACCAAUAGGUGGUCGAUGCUCUCUGCAGGUGCUAUCGUAUCUGCCGCAUAACGCCAUCGGCUUUUACAGUGCGCUGGCCGACCUCACCCAGCAGGCGAGCAACUCAUCCGCAGGGGGCUUGUCUCAGACUUAUGACGUUCAUUCGACUAAGGCAAGGCUGGAGGCAGAGUACUACUUCGCUCUGGCAAGAGGUGGGUCGAAGAGCUGGAUAUGUGUGCGCAAGCACACGAGGAAGACAGAAGAAACAGUGUUCUAUCUGAUACACGUCAGGUCCCAUUUGGACUGCAAACAAAGGCUGGAAUCCUGAGAUAUUUUUACCGUACCCUGACCAUCUGGAUGGCAACAGGAUCCUCAGUCAGGUGUAUUUGGUGAGAGUAUGGAGAAAGACACAGAUUUUCACCAUGCACACGGCUGACAAACCACCUGUACUCACCUGGAUGUCAGGGCCAGGCGUUCAACUACAGCGAGAACUGUGGGUUCCAAGAGGUGUGUCUGCUACCGUUGGGGCUCACGAUGCAGCCGCCACACGGCGAAGGCAAGACGUAUAAUCAGCUGGUGGAGAAACCCUGGUGAGACGGAGACACGUUACAGCAGGGUGGUGCGACUCCACGAUCGAGUCUCUCGAUGCAGGUUCUACGCCCGGCGAUUCAUGCUGGUAGGUGCCUUCAAUCGCAUUAUCAAGUUAAGACUCACGCUCAAGAAGAGGCUCAAGAAGAGCAAAGCACAGGUAGUGUUGCAACGACGGCAAGCCUCGAAGACUGACGCACACCCACGCUGCAUCAUCUCCUUGACAGUCGAAUCCGUCUUGGAGUUUUGGUGAUUAUUUCCCCCGCGUGUGGCCGGCUCGUGCCAGUAGCCACUACACUGCCGAGGGGUCCAAUGCAGGAGAGCACAAAGACGGACUCACCAGGUACACAUAAACAAGGAAGACAGCACGACCCAGACACCGGCAGAAAGGACUUGCAUGUUCCUUUCGCGCGUAGGGCGGAUGGCCGAAAGCGGUCCUACGUGACCCGCAAGUCAUACCUUCGCAAAGGCGGCUAUGUUGAAUUCUUUGAUCCGCGAGACACCGUGCACAGCGCCGACAUGUGGCUGGAUAAGCUGGAGCAGCUCAGAGUGAGUAAGUAGCGAAGAAUCCCAAUAAAGCUGUCUGCAACUUACGGCGUGUGAUGGACGUCAUCUGCUAGGCUGAGGGUUGGUUCGAGGCUGACAUGGCCUCAAUGGUCGUUGAUCUCAUGCUAUAUAACGGCAAUGUGGACAAGUUCAUACAGGUAAAUGAGAGACAGACAUACAAUCAGAGAGAGAAAGAGGGACGUGUGGUUUGCGUGUAUCAGGUAGCCUUCCUGUUUGAGAACAGCCUGGCUGGCAUACUGAAAAACUGGAUUAAGGCGCGGCCCUUCUCGACGGCACUCUACGACCUACGAAAACUCAAAAACGCCGUGCGGCUGAUACUUGAAGGUGUCGUGCUCAUACUAUUUGGAUACUUCUCUGUGCAAGAGCUUCGCUUCUUUGCGAACGUCGGCCCAGUGAGUGAGCACGGCAUACGUAGGGACGUGUCUGUGUAUUUCGGUAUUGUCUUGCCAGGCGGAUUACUUCAAGGACCCCAUGAAGCUAUUGGAUUGCGUUUCGCUAGGUCUUUGCUUCAGCGCGAUCCUCUUCUACAUCAGUCUGGUGUUCAACUACACAUUCUCGCACUUUGAGUUCAAACCACAAGUGAGUGAGUGAGUGACGAAGACGCGGACCUACAGCUCUUCCCUUGAAUCAAGUGCCUGUUGGCCUGCCUGUAGGUGCAAGCAGUGGGCACCGAGCCGGAUGGCUAUGUGUCUGAUCUCAUCUACAGCAACCUGGAGGAGCUGGCCGUCAUCGCUGCGUCCGUCAACCGAGUCGUGGCCAUCAACAUCUGCUGCCUGUUCGUCCGGUCGCUCACCUUCUUGGAGUCUGUGUCGCCCACAUGGGGCAUCCUCAUUACCACCAUUGGGCGCGGAGGCCCCAACCUGCUAGCUUUCAUCUUCCUCUUCUUCGUUGUCUUCUUCGGCUUCUCCUUGGCCGGGUAUUUUAUCUUUGGCGCGAAUUAUGGCGGUCAGUGAGCAGCAGGAGACACAACUACAUGGAGAAUGGAGGGUAUUGUGCUGUACAUACAGGGAUGUCGACUGUCCCCAACAGCGUAAUGAGAUGCUUCAUCAUGCUAAGCGGCCAUCCAAAAUUCGACAAACUUCAGCAAGCUGACCCGUAAGAGAAACUCACAAAACGCACCAAAGGCAUUAUAAGGAACUCAAUCGCUGUCUCUCUUUCCUGCGUCCGCAGGCAGUGGUCAACUCCCUUCUUCUACGUCUUCUACAUUGGCUUUCUUCUCGUGUUGUCAAACCUGUUCAUAUCGAUCGUCUUGAGCGCCUACAAGAGAGAAGUUGCGCGCAUCAAUGCAAUGGGCCAUCUGGAGGACCCCAUCUCUCAGCUAGUUGGCUUCAUUGAAGAGGCGUUCAUCAAGCGAUUCUCUGCACUGAAAAAGGUGACACAGAAACAAAGCCCGCUUGUGAAAACGACCUCUGACUGUGUGUUCGCCAUCAGCUGCAAAUGGUCAAAUACAUGGGCAAAGGGCUAGGUGUCCGUCGCAUCAGCCCCGAUCGCGUCAAGGAGCUCAUGCGUCUGAAGGAGGAGGCCAACCGCCCCUGCAGCAGUGAGUGCUGGGGCAUUGUCGUCUUCUUCGCCAUAUUUAUAGUCUUCAUCUACAUGCAGGUAUGUCAACUAGUCUGCUUGGUCGAUUGUUCUGCCUAUUUCGUUUGUUUCAGUCACGCACAAUGACGGUGUAUCACAUCAAAAGGCUGUCUGAAUUGGCGAUUGAGGAGUCGAGAUGGCAGAUGACCCUCAAGGGCUCCACGGCCGACUGGGAGACCUCCUUCCAGCGGGUGUCAAAGAUGAACCAGGUGGAGGAGUUCAUGCGCGAGGUCAUACAGGAGAGACUCUUUACACACUUUGACCACGAGACCCGCUAUCUCGGCUUUACCAACCAGGUGCGCUCUCUCGUCAGUGCAUCGAACACUUUCUUACCAUGUUUCUGCAUCUCUCAUGAGUAGAUGGGUGGCCCCUGGCAGAGUGCUGUUGGAGUCCAUUCGCUGGUCCGCAUGACGAUUCAGCUCGCAUGCUAUCGAAAGAACGACAUUCGGAGAUACAAAUAUGGUUAGCUGGCGAUUGAUUCGGAGCCACCUCAUACAUUAGCACUUCAUCUUUUCUGCAGGCUAUUAUUUCCUUCGCACCACACCGAAUGAGUAUUGCCCCUCGGAGCCGUGUUCGCGAAACAACGAAGACCCUUGCCGGAACUACUACGGCGAAAGGGUCCGUCCACUUCUACAUGUGCAUGCACAGCACAUAUUUGUGCGCCCUGUUUGAUUGUUCAGUACAAGCGGUCUCAAUACAAGGGUCGCUUCAAGGCACCCAUCUCACGAGACACGUAAGAGAUAAGGAGACACAUAUCCCUGCACUGUGCAAUAAUCCUCGCGUCGUCAGAUACUAUUACUCGCCGAACAAGAACACAUACUUACGGGUCGGCGGGUACCCGCUGGCCCUGGGCGUGGACAAGGGAGACGUGGAAAGAAACAUAUUUGAAAUCGUCAAGGUGAGCUUCCCCGUCCUGCUAUGGUGGUCUGUAGGGAUUCAUGCUUGUCUUUUUGCUGUGCCUGUCGGCAGGAUGGUGUGUUCACGCCCGAUGUGGUGUCAUUGGUGUUCGACUGGGUCACGUACAGCGGCAACCUGGACGUCUUUGGAUACUCGAAGGCCGAAUUCUCACUCAGUAUGCUGACCGCAACGGCAAACGAAGAGCAGAUAGUUGUUGCAUGCGCUGUCUGUCCCAUGUCUGCUUCUAGGCAGCACUGGUCAGAUCAAGAAGAGUUUCUCCGUCCGAACCUUCCCUCUCAACUUCUACCACGGAGGGCACUGGUCAGAACAGGCUUGCACACGCAAGCGACAUCCGUCCACCAUUCUCUCCUUCUGCGUCUCAGGUAUGUGCACUCGCGUCGAGCCAUUCUAGCCCUGCAAGUCCUUUACGUGCUCUUCGUGGCGUAUUACAUCUCGAACCUGCUGAGGGAUCUCUAUCGCCAGAAACUGCUAUCAUCUGCUAAGGGGCGAAGAACCAUUGGAGCAAUAAUCGACUUCUACUCGGUGCGCGCUGAGUGAGACACAACACCAACCUACGUUUGUGCGCAUUGGGAUAAUGUGUUAUAGAACGACGCGUGGAAUAUAUCUGACUCGAUCUCGCUGGUCCUGUCCGUGCUCACGAUCGUCUACUGGCUAUUGUACAUAUGCCCACAUCCACGUGUGGGCACCAAACCUUUUCCAUGGAGGUAUGAGAUUCCGUCCAUUGACCGGCUAAGAAGGCAGAGGGCCUACCUCGCGCAAGGUGAGUGGGACACGCAUGUCUCCGGUGCUAUACAUCACGUCCAUUAUCGUCUGCAUUCGUAUAGGCCUGGAUUCUCUGUACCGUCCUCCGUUUUCUGUCAAUGCGACGCUGGGUGUCGACAACUUUGACGACAUCUUCUACCCGCUUGAUGAGUUUAGCGUAUCGUCGUCCACAUACGACGUCUUCACCAAGAUCGCCGGCGUCAACACAUUCUUCGUCUCUAUCCGAGUGCUCAAGUAUUCCUGCCUUCACAACAGCACGACGGUGACUUGGCUGCAUGGAUGGUGUUUUGUCUGUCAGGUACAUGCAGCAUCUUCCUACAAUUGGCGUCAUGGCAAGGACACUGGGUGAAUCCGCCGCCCAGAUCAUCAACUUCACUUUCCUGAUCGUCCUGCUGCUCGUGGGAUUCCCUGUAAUGUUCCAUGUUGAGUACGGCACGCAGUUUGCACAGUUUAGGAACGUGCCACAGGCCAUGAUCACGCUGUUCCGGUGAGUGAGCCAACACAGAGUGCAGAUUGUAUGCCAACGCACACACAGCACCGGUUUCCUCCCAUGUCUCCGCGACAUAAUGUUCCGGUCCAGGUACAUGAUUGGUUCAUUUGAUGUGUCUGCAAUGUAUGAGAAUGACCCCAUCUUCACCGCCGUGUUGUUCGUGCUGUUUAUGCUGCUGUUCUUCUUCAUCCUCGUCAACAUGUAUCUGGCCAUCAUGAUCACCAAGUGGCGCAUGAUCGUGGCGCAACAGCAGGGGGGACACCAGACGAAGGACCAGAAGAUGUAGGCUCCAAGUCUUUCAUGUCUCUUCCUCAUGGGCGUGUCUUUGUGUUUGUCAGUCGCCCGAGUGCGUGGGCCAGGUAUCGCACAUUGAGUCGGAGCGCAGCGGCGCUCCGCGAAGCCAUGAAGGACAAAGGCAAGCGGCCGACAUUCGUCAGCAUCUGGACAAAGGCCAGGAAUGCAAGAGUGAGCGAAAACCACUCCCAUGCAUCAGUGGUGUUUCGAUGUCAUAUUUGGUCGUGUAUGCAUCCCGUACGCAGAUGCGCGAGGGCAUCAUCAAUGCACUGAAAGCAUCAGCUGACGAGACCAAAAGCCACGCAGUCCCCGAGAGCGAUGCGCUCGUUGCAAUAGAAGGCCAUCCAGGUGGCAAGGAGGCCACGGCAGCUGCUGGUGGUGAUGAAGGGUAUGAGACGGUGAUCGAAACAAUGUCCGAUGGCACGACACGACUCGUCAAGAGACAGGUAGGUACAUUUUGUCUGCCAUUAUGAUGUCUGUCGUAUCCCACCGGUUGGUCGUAUGUGGUUUGCCAGAGUGCCAUUUCUCAGUUCUCUGCAAAGGUGAGGGCCAUCACGCAAGCGUCCAAUACGGCCAUCAUCCAGUCAGUCACCCAGCGGCUCUUCAACGACCCAAGCGGGCUCUCAAAGCAGCUCAUAGAACAAGUAUGUCAGGAAAGCAUCCGCAGAGAUCUGUGUCCAAUGUCUUUCUGUCCAUUCGCGGAUGCAGCUCGAUGUGUCCAAAGGCCCCGAUGCGUCUCUCCAUCUUGAUGCUCUGGUGAUGGUGCUCGGAUCGCACAGGGGCAGGCUUGUCUUUCGGCAGCUGUUUCCCAGUAUGUUUGAGCUAAUGCUGCGCAGACAGGAUCCACUGAAGGCUCGGAUGUCCAUAAGGACCGCCGCUACGCCACACUUGCGGAGGCAAUUCAAGGCGGCAAAGGAUGAAGUCAUACAGGCAGAACGGUAGAAGAGGAGACAAGAAUCAACAGAAUGAACAUCGGCCCAUGUCCCUCUUUCAGCAUCUUGGAUAAACUCGAGCUCACUGCCAAAAUGGAGUCGCUGAACCAUCAACUGCGCUACUAUGAGUCGAGACUUGAUAAUGCAAAGCUCUACAACUGGGUCAGCAAAGAAGGGAAGUACAGAGGACACAUGGCGGCUGAACUAAUGUCUCUCUCUUGAUUCACUCAGGUUUACAUGGAGUACAUCACAGAGCUCGAACGUCGCAUAGCCAAGGUUAAGGACGAGACAGAGGCAAUCAGGACGAAGACCAAGAUAUUGGUCGACAUCGCCAGACCCCUCAUAGACGGCGACAUGUUGGGCGACCGUAUGAGCAGUCGCUGCAGCAGUGCACUACUGGCAGUGCCUGAAUGAGGAUUACAGAAGCUGACGUUUGUUGUAGAAUGCAGAGGCAACGGUAGGGGAGGGCGGCGUGCGUAGCAGUGACGGCGGCGUUGUAGUGAGCAGAAAAUGUAGCCAACUGACGGUAGUGAUCUCUCUUCGUCAAGUGCUCCUAUAGAUGUGGGGAGCAAGUGCUGGCAUUGCUGAAUGAAGGGAGGCAGAAGCGGAUGAGUCUCUUUUCGCUGAUCCUCGUUUUGCCCUACCAUAACAUGAUUGUAUCCUGUGGGCACUUCUCUGCCUCUCUUCUGAGAAUUUACGAUCCG